GACAUAAGGACUUUUAGAAAGUGUCAUUAUGAAAUUUUUAACUCGUGCAGUAAAGUGAGCCGUGUUGUUAAAAAAUAGCUUAAAUUGUUAUAUUUUAUCGACACACAAUAACCAUAAUUUUAUCAGUAAGCUGUAGUUUUAUUUAUCUUAUAUACCUAACAUGUCUGGAGUGAUUUCAACUAUACUUCAACCUCUUAGGUUUAUAAGGCAAACCAUGCAGGUGGCUUCAACGAUGAUGCCUGCUACGAGUUUAGUGAAACCAGAUUGUUUUUCCUUGUCGUCGAUUAGAACUAAUGUGCGCUGCUAUUUCCCGCGACCUAAUGAAGUACGAAGAGUAAAUCGUCAUGGCUGGAAAACUAGGAUGUCCAAACCGAAUGGCCGUAAAGUUAUUAUGCGAAGAUUACUGAAAGGAAGAUUUGUAUUGUCUCAUUAAUUACGACUUACCUAGUGAUGUAGUACUUGUAAAUUAGAUUAUUUUUAUGUGACACCAUCAUAAGUAAUAGUGUAUCUCUUAAACAUGCAUGUAGCAAAGUAAUAAUAAAAAAAUGCAUUUUGAA